CUGUUAAAUGCUGUCGCUUACACUAAUAUUUCGUUGACGCUAACUCAUAGGCAUUGACACCGAAUGCACCUCCAAAUAGUUGCCAGAAAGGUUAAUAGCUAAGACUUUGAUUUUGUUUCUAUCAUUUACAAUUCUGAAAGAACUCAGUUCCUUAAAAGUAGCAACUGCAAUAUAAAAGUAAAAGUACUCAUAUGGAGAAAAUGGCCCCUGUUAUUAUGGGAUUAUUACUGAUGCAUACGUUUACUAUCAUGUUACUGUUAGUUGUUCGAUGUGGAGCUAAUUUCAACUAUUUAAUAUACUAUUUGGUAGUUUAAUCUAUAACAAUGCAUUAUUUUUUACAAGACCAUAAAUGUUUUCUAUGCAAAAUCUUAAUAUGUAAACUAGGCUAUAGUCACUACAGCUGUCAUAUAAAUGCAGUGGAUUAAAAAUUACAAAUCCCCUCUGAGUGUAGUACUGUACAGGUAGAAGCAUGACAUUCAGCACAUGUAGGCCUACCUUCAAUUUAGGAAUAUGGAUUCAAACAGUGGAUGUCACAGCACAACAAGGUUUAUGACACUGAGGAGUAUUACCACCGGCUCCACAUUUUCACUGAGAAUAGGAGGGAAAUUGAUCAUCAUAAUGCUGGGAAUCACUCAUUCACAAUGGGACUGAAUCAGUUCUCAGACAUGACAUUUGAGGAAUUCAGGAAAUUAUUCCUCUUGACAGAGCCUCAGAACUGCUCAGCUACUACAGGGGGUCAUGUCAACAGGGCUGGUCCUUAUCCUGAGUUUGUAGACUGGAGGAUGAAGGACAACGUUGUGACUCCCGUGAAAAACCAGGGUCACUGUGGAAGCUGUUGGACCUUCUCUACUACUGGCUGUUUGGAGUCAGUGAAUGCUAUCGCUACCGGGAAGCUAAUACCUCUGUCUGAGCAGCAGCUGAUUGACUGUGCCAAAGACUUCAACAAUCAUGGAUGCAUGGGUGGACUCCCCAGCCAGGCAUUUGAGUACAUCAAAUACAACAAGGGUCUUAUGACAGAGGAGGACUAUCCCUACAAAGGCCAUGAUGACAGUUGCCAUUUUGAGCCUGCACUUGCAGCUGCUUUUGUCCUGGAUGUUGUCAACAUAACAAGUUAUGAUGAAAAGGCCAUGGUUGAUGCUGUGGCCCGGCUCAACCCUGUGUCUUUCGGCUUUCAAGUCACGGCUGAUUUUAUGCACUACAGAGAAGGCGUUUACACAAGCACUCAGUGUAAGAACACAGCAGACAAGGUGAAUCAUGCAGUCCUGGCUGUGGGUUACGGCGUUGAGGAGAGCGGCAUGCCAUAUUGGAUUGUGAAGAACUCUUGGGGCACAGCCUGGGGAAUGGAUGGAUAUUUUUUGAUCGAGCGAGGGAAAAACAUGUGCGGACUGGCUGCGUGCUCUUCCUACCCUCUACUUUUAAUUUGAGGAGUAACAUGGCAACAAAGUGGACGACUGAUAAAACACAGUAAAAUGUCACCCAGUGACAACAUACAUGGAGUGAACUCGAUGGGAAGUUGGCCCUUCCAUGUUCCCUGAAGUGUUUUAUGUAGAGGUUUGAUUUCUCAUCAAUAUGUACAAUACUAUCUGAAAUUUUAAACUGUUAAAAAAAUUUAAUCUUUGUGCAUCACACUCUCAACAUUACUGUGUGGUGCAUUUCUUUUUAUAUUGAUGUAACUAUGGCUGCCUUGUUUUAGUGGAAAUUGUUAUGUAUUGCUCUUUGGUUUCAUAAUGUGGUUGUUGAGACAAUUACUGCUGUUAAUGACCACACAAAGAAAAUGUAUUUAAUCAUAUGUAGCCUAUGCCUGUACAGAGGCUUGUACCAUGCAGUACCUUUUAAGUAACAGCAUUGGAAAAACAUAGGACAAGCAGCCGCCUUACCAAUGGUAACAUGAUGUGACAUGCAUAGUGCUAUACUGAGUAAUAGAUAUCUCUUCAGACCAAUGAGAUCAUGUUAUGGCAGAUCAUGCAUGGGUCGUUUACUUAAUUUGUCAGUGAGUGGCCUCUUUAUGGCUUCAAACAGUUCUUUAUCUCCUCUGACCUGCUCCGAUUAUGAAACUUUAGUCAUGCACAAAAGGCCCAUUGAGGAGUAAGCUCUGAUGUCUAGUCAUUUGUUAAGUAAAGUUUGUUUUCAUUUGAACAUGUUUUGUUAAUAAACAAUGUUUCCCUCAC